AUGUCUUUUGCCCUCUUAUUUUCACGUUUUACUUUGACAAAAUUAAUCUUCAUUUUUUUGUUUGACACUUAUUCACUUCUUUCCCAUUCUGUCUUUCUCCCCCUUUCAUCUCCUUCAUUCUCAUUCUCUCUGUCGUCCCCUUUUGUUCUCCUCAUUCUCUCUUUCCCCCUUUUUGUACUCCUCAUCCUUCCUCUCUCUCCCUUUUCAUUCAAAUCUUAUCUCUCCCUUUUGCCUUACACUUCCUCAUUUUCUCUCCCUUUUGCCUUACACACUCUUUCACCCUCCUCAUUCUAUUUUCUUCCCACUUUCAAUUUUACCAUUCUUUCUCCACCUUUAAUCUUCCUCAUUCUCUCCCUUUCAUCUUCAUUCUCUCAUUCCUAUCCUCCUCAGUCACUCUCUCCCUCUUUAGACUUACACACUUUCUCCCCUUUUCAACUUAUACACACUCUCUCUCUCUCUUCCACCUUCUUUAUUCCAUCUUCCUUCCAUUUUCAACUUUCUCACUCAUUCUCCCCCUUUUGUCUUAUUCAUUCUCUUUAUAUUAUUUUUUCUCCAUCUUUUCUCACCUCAUCACUCACCAUACAUUUUUUAUUUUUUUUAUUUCCUCUGAUUUAA